GAGAACAAAUCGUUGAAGAAGAAGUAAUUGCUCAAGGCGCGACGAGGAAGAAGAAGAAGAAGAAGACGACGAAGAAAGUGGCAAUCUUUCGUAAUUAUAGUGGAAAUCGGAGUCCAAUUAGUCAAAAGGGGUUUAAGGGUUUUGUUCUGACUUCUGAGAGAGAGAGAGAAGAGAAGCAAUGAGUGACGCGUUUUGUUCGGACUGUAAGAGGCAUACGGAGGUUGUGUUUGACCAUUCAGCCGGAGAUACAGUUUGUUCUGAGUGUGGUCUCGUGCUCGAAUCUCACUCAAUCGAUGAAACUUCGGAGUGGCGUACCUUUGCUAAUGAGUCCGGUGAUAAUGAUCCUGUUCGCGUCGGCGGUCCGACGAAUCCUCUUUUAGCUGAUGGUGGUCUCACUACUGUCAUUUCCAAACCUAAUGGUUCCUCCGGCGAUUUCCUCUCUUCUUCUCUUGGUCGAUGGCAGAAUCGUGGAUCUAACCCUGACCGUGGGCUUAUUGUUGCCUUUAAGACUAUCGCCACUAUGGCUGAUAGGUUGGGCCUUGUGGCGACCAUUAAGGAUAGAGCCAAUGAGAUUUAUAAAAGGGUAGAAGAUCAGAAGUCAAGCAGAGGAAGAAAUCAGGAUGCUCUUUUGGCUGCCUGUUUAUACAUUGCUUGCCGGCAAGAAGACAAGCCACGAACUGUCAAGGAAAUAUGCUCUGUUGCCAAUGGAGCUACUAAGAAGGAGAUCGGUCGUGCAAAAGAAUACAUUGUCAAACAGUUGGGCCUCGAAACAGGUCAAUCGGUUGAAAUGGGUACUAUACAUGCCGGAGAUUUUAUGAGACGUUUUUGCUCCAAUCUCGGUAUGACCAACCAAACCGUGAAAGCUGCUCAAGAAUCUGUGCAGAAGUCAGAGGAAUUUGAUAUAAGGAGGAGUCCCAUAUCGAUUGCAGCCGCAGUUAUAUACAUCAUAACACAGCUCUCAGACGAGAAGAAGCCUCUCCGAGAUAUAUCAGUGGCAACUGGAGUCGCGGAAGGAACUAUAAGAAACUCUUACAAAGAUCUUUACCCUCACCUUUCCAAAAUCAUACCAGCUUGGUAUGCUAAAGAAGAAGAUCUCAAGAACCUUCAAAGCCCUUGAGAGUCUUCGUCUCCCUUAGUCAGCUGCCACGUCUUGGAGUUACAGUAGAUUUGUAUCAAAAUGUUUUCAUAAGAUACCAUAAAUUGUUGAGUUAAUGAGUUGAUCUCACCAUUUCCAACACCAUGCCACUGACAUAUGAAACGCUGCUAAUCAAACCACCGGUGCAAGGAUUAAUGUUUGUUUACUUCUUAACAAAGGACACAGACGGGGGAAAAAAAAGAAUACAGACGAACGCAAAGGUUAAACAGUUAACUCUGUAUUUACAAUGUAUGUGAGUAUAAGACCAUUUUAAACAGUUAUACUAAUAACCAAAGAUCUCCCUUCUAUAUA